UAUCAAGAAUUUUCAGACGAUUCUUUUGUUCGUGCGGUGGACUUCUCACAACACAAGGAGGCUGAGGUCCAGGUAAACAGCUUCAUCCAGAAAACAUCAGACAGCAAGGUUAAGAACCUGUUUAAGGGUGUCACUUUCGAGACUAACCUGCUGUUUACUAGUUCAGUGCAUUUCAAAGGUAACUGGAAAACUGUGUUCCAGCCUGAAGCAACCACUGAGCAGGAGUUCAGGAUUGAUGAGAAAUCCAGUGCCAAAGUACCCUUUAUGAUGCAUACUGGUGACUACAUGUACUUCAGUGAUGCUGGCAGGAAGUGCUCCAUAGUCAAACUUGGCCUCAGUAAGAGGACCUAUAUGCUGCUAGUGCUGCCUUAUGAAGGAGUAAGCCUGCAGGACUUUGAGAAGCAACACUUAACACAAGUCAUUUCUACAUGGCAUAAACAUCUUAAAGACAAAUACCUGGAACUAUCUUUGCAAAAUUUUCACUGACUGCUGUGAUCAGUGCUAUCUGAAAUGGCAGUAGAGAAAUACCUUAUGGGCUCUGAGGCCAACUUCAAGAGACUCAGCAACAAGGAGAACUUCACUGUUGAUAAGGUAUUCAACAAGGUUGUGUUUGAGAUGACAGAGGGGGAAUCUAAGGUUCAGAACAGAACUAAGGAUGGAAGAGUUCCUCAUAAAGUCACGGUCAACCGGCCAUUCUUCUUUGCAAUUGUGGAAGGAAACUCUAAUGCCAUUCUCAUGCUCGGAAAAAUCAUAAAUUCAACAACCUAAAACACAUUAUUGAUCGUGUCUUAAGAGCAGUGUUUUUAAUGCUUUUAUAUGAGUAUUAACUGUAUAUUAAAAUAAUGGAUAGAAUCAAAUCAUGGUCAACUAGUUACAUAUUUGGUUAGACAAGUUUGAUCAAACUAGACAUUUUUGGGAUGUUCUAGAUUUUUAUUUAUUAUUAUUGUAUUUUGGUACCUGUAAAUCCCAAAUGUUUCUCUGUGACACAAGAGCUAUGCAUAACAUAGUUGCUGAUUUUAUUAAAUGCACAAGUCCUGUAGUGUAUUUAUAAUACGAAUAUCAUGAAAUAUUAUAUUAAAACUCCAUUUAUGGACUAUUUAAAUGUUUAUUUAAAACAACAAGAUGCAUUGAGGCACGGAACUGGCUCAUUUUUUAACCAGAAAUGCAAAACAUGUUCAAAAUAAUUACAAAUGUAAUGAUCUACAAUUGUUAAUAAAAGCAAUUGCAUAAAAAAUAUUUAAUGACAGAUAUUAAAAAACCUAAAGACACUUACAGUAGUGGAUCACCUAUGAACAUGGGCAUUGAACUUUUAUUAAAGAAAUGCUGCAGGUUCAAUACAACAGCAUUUGUUGAUUACCAAAAUAUUAAUAUUAACUUGUCCCUCCAUUUCUUAAAAAAAAUAAAAAUAAAAAUCUGGGUUACAGGACACUUACUAUCGAAGUCAAUGGGACCAAUCUGUAAACAUAAAAAUAUUUACUGUUUCAAGACCCCAAUACUGAAAAAGUUGGCACAGUAUGGAAAAUCCUAAUAAAAUCAAAAAGGAGUGUUUUGUAAAUUCUAUUCAACCUGUGCUAUAUUGAAAGCAUUACAAUAACACAUUAUUUGUUGUUUUACCUUGUGAAUGUACAGUAUUUUAUUAGAUUUUUUGAAAACUCACUCAAUUCAAUUGCAACAUGCUCCAAAAAAUCAGAACAGUCGAGUGUUUACCACUGUGUAACAUCACCACUUCUUCUAAUAACACGUGUUUGGGCACUAAAGACACAAGUUUGUUAAGUUUAGCAAAGGUUGUUCCCUCCAUUCACCCAUUAUGCAGGUCUUAGCAGAGAGUGCGGAUGCUAGAUUGGCCUGCCUGCAGUCUGGGCCUGUCUCCAACUGAGUGGGACAGAAGUGCACAAUACGGCAAUGAAAGCCCCGUACAAUCACUCAACUGAAGACCUGCAUAAUGGAUGAAUGGGUGAACAUUCUGCUUGCUAAACUUAACAAAUUUGUGCCAUCAGUGCCCAAACACAGUGGUAAACACUCAAAUGACCCAAUAUUUUGGAGCGUGUAGCAAUCAUCUGAUUUCAAAUGUAGUGUAUGUAUAUGUAUAAACACUACCGGUCAAAAGUUUUGAAACACCGAAAUGUUUCUCAUGAUCUUAAAAACCUUUUGAUCUGAAGGCGUAUGCUUAAAUGUUUGAAAUUAGUUUUGUAGACAAAAAUAUAAUUGUGCCACCAUAUUAAUUUAUUUCAUUAUAAAACUAAAAUUUAAUAAAAAUAAAACAUUUUUGAAAUGGAUGACUUGGACCAAAUAAUAAAGAAAAGCAGCCAAUAAGUGCCCAACAUACAGAUGCAUCUCAAUAAAUUAGAAUGUCAUGGAAAAGUUCAUUUAUUUCAGUAA